AUUUAAGACAUUACAAAAGUAGUCUGUGGAUGCUGUCAGUGGUUCAUUCUAAUUUUAUAACAUGAACAGAAGUAAAAUAUUAAACAUAAUUUUUAAGUAAUUCUCAAUGCAGAUAAAUAUUGCUAUCAUAAGAUAAUGUUUUAAAAUUUAAACUAUUUAUAUAGUAUUUAGUAGAAAAAAAUAAUUAUAUUCGUAACAAUGGAUAUUAUAGUUGAUGAUCAAGAGAGUUUGAGGGAUUUUCUUGAAGAAGCGGAUCUCAUGCAAUAUUUCGAACUGUUUAGAGAUAUUUUGAAAGUUAGUAAGUUAUCACAAUUAAAAUUUGUCGCUCUUGAAGAUUUAGCACAAAUUGGUCUCUCUAAACCAGAACAAAGAAGAUACAAAAAAAUAUACUCAAAGUACUUUCCUAAUGCUUAUAUAAGUAUGUUAAAAAAACUACUUCAUGUAAAUAAAAAGUCUGAACAGGUUAGUUACAGACAUGACCAGGUUAUAAUGCCUAUUGACUUCCAAUAUUUUACGGAUACUAGUGUUAAAGUUCCCACAAAACACAUAAUAUCUAUAGAGGAUAUUACUAUCAACAAGGAACUCGGUAUGGGCCAGUUUGGUGUUGUGCAACAAGGGACAUGGAUGACUGGAAAUCAAAGACUCCAAGUGGCCAUAAAAUGCUUGGGAAAUGAACGAAUGACAUCAAAUUCAACAGAAUUUUUGAAGGAAGCGGCUGUGAUGCACAGUAUAGAACAUCCUAAUAUUGUGCGUUUAUAUGGUGUUGUUCUGCAUUUAGAUUCCUUAAUGUUGGUAACAGAAUUAGCGCCUCUGCGUUCACUUUUAGAAUGCUUGCGUGAAGUUACAUUAAGGAGUAACUUUUCAGUAGCUGUACUCUGUGAGUUUGCUGAACAGAUUUGUGAUGGAAUGACUUAUUUGGAAAAUAAAAGACUGAUACACCGAGAUUUGGCAGCCAGGAAUAUUUUAGUUUUUAGUAAGGAUAGGGUGAAAAUUUCCGAUUUUGGAUUAUCCCGAGCUUUAGGCGUAGGAAAGGAUUACUAUCAGACAAACUACAAUGUGAAUCUCAAAUUACCUGUGGCCUGGUGUGCGCCCGAAUGCAUUUUGUACUUACGAUUUACAUCAGCUAGUGAUGUUUGGGCUUUUGGCGUGUGUCUAUGGGAAAUGUUUACGUAUGGUUUCCAACCAUGGGCGGCUUUUUCGGGUCAGCAAAUCCUAGAAGCUAUCGAUGCGCCUAAUUUUCAACGACUCGAGCGUCCGGAGUGUUGUCCCGACGCAUAUUACUCAUUGAUUCUCAAGUGCUGGUCUCACGAUCCAAAUGACCGCCCAAAAUUCAAAGAGUUAGGACCAAGGUUACUACAACUUAGACCUGAAGAAGUUCAGGCAAUAGCUAGUUAUAAGAAGACAGAAGAAGGUAGGCGCAGUAAUUUCCUCGAAUAUAACGUCGGGCAAAGGAUAACAGUACUUGGAAGAGAAAAUGACACUAAAUCAGCUAUGUGGUAUGGCGUCCUACCCGGCGGUGCUUGCGGCAUGUUUGAUCCGAAUCACACAAAACCCUAUAUAAAGCAUGAGCGUUCAUUCGCAUCACUGUCACCGCAUCCGAAUCGAAACAAUCGUGCGAUCCGCUCGCUAUCGCGUUCGGAUGUGAAACGUCACACGUACAAGCGUGCGAUACAACGGAGCAUGAUAUCGAGCCCGCAGGGUGACGUCAAACACACGGGUCACGUGGGGCUCGACGGUGCCUACUUCGGUGACCUCUCCUUCUUGGACGUGGCUGGUUGUCCUCCACGUCAGAUCGUGAGCCCGUACAAACCGUCCGAAGACUUGGAACAAGUGCCGUUGAUCAAUCCCAACUCGCCUUCUCACCUCACUGCAACAACCAGUGGCUCACAGUACCCGUUGCUUAGUCCCGCCAGUCAGGGUAAGGAGUGCGAUGAAGUUGAUUUGUCAUAUGCUGAUAAACCGAAGAAUUCCAAAAAGCCGCUAAAGUUGAUUUCGGAACCUACUACAAGCAAGAGUUUGCUGGACAAGGUCAAAAAUGCUACACUAGGCCGUUCUCAUAAGAAUGAAGACACAUCUUCUAAGGAUGAAGUUCAUGAGUAUCAUGAAAUAUCGGAUACAGAUACGGAGAGCAUUGCUGCUGAGAUGAAGGGAGAUGUCUUUUCUGAGAGCCCUGCCUUGCUGAAGGGUUGCACGGACUUCAGCCAGAGUUUGCUGGAUGAAAUGGAGUCCAUAUUCCGGAGUUUGGAUAACAAACGUGACGAUGUUAGAAGUAUGCAUAGUGAAGUUGAAGCGGCUCUAAGAGCUCACACUUUAUCUCAGAACGAAAAGAAAAAGGGAACAAAUACUGGAACAAUGAAACCUAUGUCAGCGCACGACGAGAGAACACUCAAUACUGCUGUCGCUCUAGCUAACGAACUGACCACCAAAUCAAUGAAUGACUUGGAGGGCGAUUCGAAGCCUCUGCACUCGCCUUGCGAACGCAACAAAUUUCACUUCAAGUUUCCGCUAGUGUCUUCUCUACAACACCACCAUCAUGAUACCGACAAGGAUGCGUCCAAUAAGGGAGAGCGACGUAAUUUCAGCGAGGAAGCGAAAAGUGUGCCUGAUAUACAGGCAACAAUAACCGAAGAGAGCAAACAAGCCUACGCAAGUCUCAUCGAGCAGCCGACGCCAUCUUCCUCUCUCAUAUCUCAAAUAAGCCACGACGUCCACCCGAAGACGAUGUACAAGCCAUCCACUAUACCGAAACCGGCGCCCCGGUCACAGAACUCGAUACAAAAGUUUAAUUCGCUACAGAAACAGAUAUCAUGCCAGCCGAGUAUCGAAACAUCGAAGCCGCUACAUGAUCCCAUGAAAGAUGCAAGUGAGGUGAGUAAAAAAAAAUGUGUACCUGAAAAAUAUCUAUAUAUACAAAUGAAUGUUUGUCUGUAUGUCCUUUAGAGACGCGUAAACUAUGUAUUUGAACAUGUCAUCUUCAGCAAAGUGAGUUGGUACGACCAAAAAAAUUAAAUAAAUAAAGUGUAGCAACGCGAGAGUACAGGUAAUACAUAAUAAUAUA